AUGGCCACCGCUGAAACCGUCGACCUGGGCCCAGCCCAUCCCCCCAAGGAAGACUCCAUCGUUGCCUUUGAGCAUCUCCUCCCCGAGCUCAAGAGCCAGCUCGCUCGCAUGCGCCGUGACUAUCAAAAGCACGAGACCGAGUACUUUGCCGUCGCACAGAAGCUCUCCGACAACGAGCUGACAGCCUUCCAAACGUCCGACUUUACCUCGGUCCGCGUCGCCACCACGGCCUACGGCAUCCACCUCUUUGGAAAGAUCCGCAUACCAGCCCUGGCCGAGAGCGGUGGUGGCCCUGCUUACAUCCACGUGAGGAUCUUCAUCGCCGGAGGCGACGAGCCGCCCAAGCUGCACAGCAUCCACACCGAGGAGAAGGACGACGAGACUGGCGGCAAGACGUACCGCGCCAUCUUCACAGAGCAGGACGAGCUGGAGUGGUUUGACACAUAG